AUGUUAAGCUGGAGCCUACUCUUGUCCCGAGGGUUGCCUCCUCUUCGGUUAGUGAAUACUUGGAGGUGCAAAGAUAUCUGUUGCCCUUGUUUUGAUUGCUACUUAGAGUGGCCUGGGGUGGUAAUUAGAAGCUCGGAUGGUCAUCUUUGUGGUGGUUCUGUGGAGAGUAAGUUGUGUCAAUCGGCUUUAGUGGUUGAGGCAGAAGCGACGUUAUGUGGUCUCAACUUGGCGCUGCAUUCGAAUCUCCGAAAGGCUGGUAUUAAUGGUAAUCAUGGUAACCAUGCCUGGACUAUUCUCCCCAUCCUUGUUGAAAUUUGGAGUAUGGAAACUAUGUUUGAUUCAGUUGAGUGGCUUUGGAUCCCUCGCGAAAAGAAAAUUGCGGCUUCAAUUGUUUUAGGAGUGGUGCAUAGAGUAACCUGGCUAGAUCAGCCACCACCGUCCCUCAUGUAUGUUUUAACCUCUGAUGGGCUCCCUUGUCCUCCUAGAGGAGGUAUCCGGCCAUGUCUAAGCAUUGCUAGAAGUGCUAGCCAGCAGUGCUAA